GCGCUCACUCUCGGCUUCAGAGGGGAAACCGGGGGCGCGCGCAGGGACCGCAUAAAAAAACGAGCAGGGACGGUGAACACCGUGGUGCGUUUGCGGUCGUCGUGCGCCCGCAAAAAGACCACUGUUGACGAAGAACGGAGGACCGGCGAUUCCAGAGAGAAGGCGUCGACUCGGCGUUUACAGCAGGUCGAAGCGGAGGGGGAUUAUCCUGGUGAGGCGCGAGCCGCGGAGAGGCUGGAAACGGAGCACCGAUCCCGGAUGGCUAGGCGCGGCUGCUCCCGCUCUCUCCCACCCUGAUUCGGACGAGAGACACACGGAGCCCAAAGAGGCACCGGGGCUUCACUCAACGAGACGAGAACAUCUGCGUUGUUUCCUCGGCCUGGCCUCAUCGGGAGAUCUUGUCUGCGGCAGUAAACAAUCAGAGGUGGGAGAGUGUUGAGCGGCUCACAUCUGCAAUAUCGCAGCAGACGGACGGAGUGUGGACAUAACAGUGCUGUGACAUGGCUGGACUGGACUGAGCUCAGGCUGCAUUAUGGGAUGUAGCGGGACUGUGCAGUGACCCCUCUCAUUGCCAGAAAACACGAGCUGAACGACACACACACGCACGCACACGCACGCACACACAUCCCUGCAGUCAUGCCUGUCUUCAGUGGCCUUCUGAAGGUGCGAGUGUGUGAGGCUGUGGACCUGAAGCCCACCCCCUGGGCCUUACGUCACGCCGUUGGGAAGAGUGGCUCCUUCCUGCUGGACCCCUAUCUAGCCCUGAAUCUGGACCAGACCAGACUAGGCCAGACCGCCACUCGAACCAAGACCAAUAGCCCUGCUUGGCACCAGGAGUUUUGCACCGAGGUUCGAGAGGGUCGGAGUCUAGAACUGUCUGUCUUUCACGAUGCCCCUAUAGGAUACGACGAUUUUGUGGCCAACUGCACCAUCCAGCUGGAGGAUCUGCUGCAGAAUGGAACCAGGCACUAUGAAGACUGGAUUGACCUGGAACCAGAAGGAAAAGUGUACGUGGUCAUCGAUUUGUCUGGCUCUUCCACUGAGGCCUCAGGAACUAACGAAAAUGAGGAGCGUGUGUUUCGUGAGAGGAUCGGCCCGCGGCGGCGACAGGGUGCUGUCCGAAGACGUGUCCAUCAGGUCAACGGACACAAGUUCAUGGCUACCUACCUGAGACAGCCGACCUACUGCUCACACUGCAGAGAUUUUAUCUGGGGCGUGCUGGGUAAACAGGGAUACCAGUGUCAGGUUUGCACUUGUGUCGUCCACAAGCGCUGUCAUGAGCUCAUCAUCACCAAGUGUGCCGGGAUGAAGAAGCAGGAAGACACACCAGAGGAGGUGGGAUCCCAGCGAUUCAGUGUCAACAUGCCCCACAAAUUCAGCAUCCACAACUACAAGGUGCCCACGUUCUGUGACCACUGUGGCUCCCUUCUGUGGGGUCUCAUGCGACAAGGCCUCCAGUGUAAAGUGUGUAAGAUGAAUGUGCACAGGAGGUGUGAGAGCAAUGUAGCGCCUAACUGUGGCGUCGAUGCCAGAGGAAUCGCGAAGGUGCUCUCUGACCUGGGAGUAACACCUGACAAGAUCUCCAACACUGCUCAGCGCAGAAGGAAGUUGACUCCAGGGCAGGACCCUCCCCAGUCUCCUCCUGAGCUCUCCCUCUCUGAGGAGAACAGCUUCAGCCCACCAGCCAUGCCCACCUCCCCCUCACAGCAGGACUUGGCAGAGCUAGAUCGACUGCAGGACAGACUGUCACUGGACACGCAGGGACCCCAACUCCCCUCCUCAUCAUCCUCCACUACCUCCUCUUCCUCCUCGACAGGAGGGAAGGAGAACGGACAGAGCCAGAAGAGGAGCCUCAACGAUUUCAACUUGAUAAAAGUUCUUGGCAAAGGCAGCUUUGGCAAGGUGAUGCUGGCUGAGCUGAAGGGCACAGAAGAGGUUUAUGCCAUUAAAGUGUUAAAGAAAGAUGUGAUCCUGCAAGAUGAUGACGUGGACUGCACCAUGACUGAGAAGCGGAUCCUAGCCUUGGCCCGCAAACACCCCUACCUCACCCAGCUGUACUGCUGCUUCCAGACACGUGACCGAUUGUUCUUUGUCAUGGAGUAUGUGAACGGAGGAGACCUGAUGUUCCAGAUUCAGCGAUCCAGGAAGUUUGAUGAGCCUCGCUCACGGUUCUACGCUGCCGAAGUCACCUCUGCCCUUAUGUUUUUGCACCGUAAUGGAGUCAUUUACAGGGAUCUGAAGCUGGACAACAUCUUACUGGAUGCUGAAGGCCACUGCAAACUAGCUGACUUUGGCAUGUGCAAGGAAGGAAUUAUGAAUGGAGUAACCACCACCACCUUCUGCGGAACACCCGACUACAUUGCUCCUGAGAUCCUACAGGAGCUGGAGUACGGCGCUUCAGUGGACUGGUGGGCUCUGGGGGUCCUGAUGUACGAGAUGAUGGCUGGUCAGCCACCGUUUGAAGCCGACAAUGAGGACGACCUUUUUGAGUCCAUUCUUCACGAUGACGUCCUCUACCCAGUGUGGCUCAGCAAGGAGGCCGUUUCUAUCUUGAGAGCGUUCAUGACCAAGAACCCAGCCAAGCGACUGGGCUGCGUGGUGAGUCAGGGCUGUGAGGAAGCCAUCAAGAGCCAUCCCUUCUUCAGAGAGAUCGACUGGGUGUUACUGGAGCAGAGGAAAGUCAAGCCGCCGUUCAAGCCUCGAAUUAAAACCAAGCGAGAUGUGAAUAACUUUGACCAGGACUUCACCAAGGAGGACCCUGUGUUGACCCCAACGGACGAAGCAAUCAUCAGACAGAUCAAUCAGGAGGAGUUCAAGGACUUCUCCUACUGCGCCCCUGAAGAGACUCAGACCUAACACACACACGCUAACAUACUUGUAUCUCUAUCCUUUUGAGGACCUCUCGUUGACAUAAUGCUUUCCCCGGCUGCUCUCUAUAACUUAACUUAACCAUCCAAAGCAAAUGGCUAACCAUAACCAGGACUUUAAUGACGCAGUUAUUUUGACGUUUUCACCCUCAAAACUCGUGGACUGGCCAAAAUGUCUGCACAAAGCAAAAUGUCCUCAUAAGAUCAGUGUCUUGUCAAAGAUUGGUCCACACAAGAAUAUUAAUACAUGUACACAUACACUGUCCCGACACGACACACCUUACACAAAACAAGGCACAUUGCUCACGACACUCUUGAAAUCCCUUUAGUCACACACACACACAUACACGCAGCUACCUACACAGUUACAUACGCACACUAGCCACUCCUUUACUUUGAAGCUAUUGGUUGUUGUUACCCUUGAAAUAUUAUUUACUUGCAUUGUAUUGUUGUUGCCUGGAUUUCUUAUGACUCUGAAUUCUGCACAUGCUAGCACACUUUACCAUCACCACACACACAAACAGAACAGCCCCGAAACCCCCUUACUCACGCUCACAUACACACACAAACACACUACACGAUCCAUCUUCCCAACACCCUCAAGGACUUUGGGCCGCAGAGCCUUGUAUAUAGCUUUCGUCGAGUGGCUGUGCUGUGUUGGUAUUGUCCGCUACUUACAGAGAGUUGUGACGCAUGGACAAACAACCUACUCGUGUUUUACUGUCUGGAUUGUGGACCCCCUGGGGCCAUACACCCUUUGUGCAAUACCCUGACAAUACCUAUGUUUUGUUUUUUACUUUUUUUGCUUGUAUUGUCCUCGUAUGAUUGGAAGCGUGUUCCGAGUGUCAUCUGCUGAUUCAGUAUUUGGGGAUCAGUCUAGAAAAAUGUCUUCAAGAAUCACGUACCGUAACGCAAAAAAAUACAACGACAGGAAUAUAUGGUUGCUUAGCAAGAAUCUAAGCAAGGUCAAAAGAGUGGGAGUGUCUGAGAAUUCCGUAGGAUCCAGAACUAUGGUACUCUGCGUAUGUGACACAGAACGUGACACCCAAGAUCAGAGGAUGUACUUGUCCUUCCCGCCAUCUGUUUAUCGCCCCACCUCUGACACCAUUUGUAGCAGAGUGGAACACUUGUUGGUCAACCCUGUUCACACAACACCAAAGAUCAUCGGCGUUGUGAUGGUCCUUUGCCGUAUUGAAACCACGAGGAGACAUCUUUACUUGAACUCACCAUUAAAACGCAUGUGCAUUGUUGCUGAACUGUCUUCUAACCAUUCUUCCAGGACCGUGCUCAGUCUUUUGCCAGAAAAAAAACAUUUUUCAUCACACAAAGAAAACAGCCACAAGUAAAACCUUUCCCCACAUACUAGCUUUUGUAGUGUGUGUAGUCUGAUUUAUCAGACUACCCCAUGUCUUGUCUAGUACUUUGUAGUACUGACUAUCAGUCGGUACUAUAACAGUCUUCACUGUAGCAAUUUAUUAGUUUUCUGUCCCUUAGUCCUCGUGUGCCUGCGUCAUGUGGGCAUACGAGGGAUGAGGGUCACCAACCCCUGACCCUAUGUUGCUGGGUGAGGAGCCCUGGACCACACCGCAAAUCACUCCUAGGUACAUUUUAGAGUCAUCAUUUACACUGCAUGUUAUUGGAGUGCGGCAGGAGACCCAUACUGACAGAAGGAGAAUAUACAAACCCCCAUCACUGCCAAUAUUUAAGUGACGUUUCUGUAACAAACUCAAAACAGUUGAGCCAAUGCAUUGUUCCUUGUUUUUUGCAUUGAGGUACUAGAUUGUUCGAUGACAUUUUGAUCCAGCGAAUGGACAUGACACGUGCGUGAACAUGGCGCCCCCGUCUUCUGUGUGUGUGUGUGUGUGUGUGUGUGUCCAGUGAAUGUUAAGCUUACAGGCUAGUGAACUAAUUAUGUGGAGCGGAGUGUUACACGGCGACCCGUGUAGCAGUUUUCAUCCAUCUGCUAGUUUCUGUCCGGGCGAAUGUGCGGCCUGAGUGUUUUUGUUUAAUGUCCAGAAUGUACCUUUUAGCGUGAGAAUGUAUUCAUCGUUGUCAUUGUUGUGUGACUCAUUGUCUUGACCAUUUCUGUUUCUAUAGUUACCGCCAGUGUUGAACCUCUUCAAACGCCAGUUCUCCUCCCAGCUGUCGCUCAGCCCACUGCUCGCUUUCUUUCUCUUUUAUUUUGGGGUCCAGAAUGGCUUUCUUUCGUAUUGCUAUUUUUUAUGAUAAAUAUUAUUAUUAUUAUUAUUGUAAGCAGUAUCUGGAGGAAAUCUUUGUGUAUAAUACUAUAGCUAUACAAUGAAACAUCUGUUACAGCCAGGUGAGGAGAUAUGAGGAGAACCAGCAGCUGAAUUACCUCUCAUUUCAAAGACACACGUUCAAAACAUUCUCUCUGGAAAUUGCCUGCUCUCAUUGGACACGUACAUACACACCCUGACACACACAUGCAUACACGCCUACAGAGAGAGAGAAAGACAGGUGUGUGUUGUGUAUAGUGUUUCAAAGACGAGCUGGUUGCUCUGUGUGCUAUACGUCAGUGUGUAGUGAAGCUUCGUGCACCCAGGGAUAGGGCUGUUCCUGGUCACACUAUCUUACUCUGUGCCAAACAUGUAGUGCAACAGCCAGGCUAGUCCUGUCUGCUCUGAUUCCAAUAAAACACUGAGCUGUCAACGUU